AAACAAUGAGUUCUACAACACAGCCAGAUGGAGUUUCGGGACGUGACCAGCUCUUGGCUCAGCAAAGAAUGCACAGUAUGAUCAGCUCAGUGGAUGUGAAGUCAGAAGUUCCCGUGGGAUUAGAACCUAUCACACCAUUAGACUUGCGAACGGAUCUCAGGAUGAUGGUUCCCAUGGUGGACCCAAUGAUACGUGAGAAGCAGCUGCAGCAGGAGUUACUCCUGAUUCAGCAACAGCAGCAAAUUCAGAAACAGCUUCUGAUAGCAGAAUUUCAGAAACAGCAUGAGAACCUGACACGACAGCACCAAGCUCAAAUCCAGGAGCACAUAAAGUUACAACAGGAACUCAUAGCCAUUAAGCAACAACAAGAACUCCUUGAAAAAGAGCAGAAACUGGAGCAACAAAGGCAAGAACAGGAACUGGAGAGGCAUCGCAGAGAGCAGCUUCCUUCAAUCAGAAGCAAAGAAAGAAGCCGAGAAAGAGCGGUGGCCAGUACAGAGGUGAAACAGAAGCUUCAAGAGUUCCUAUUAAGUAAAUCAGCAACAAAAGACUCUCCAGCCAAUGGGAAGAAUCAUUCCAUUAGCCGGCACCCCAAGCUCUGGUACACGGCUGCCCACCAUACCUCACUGGAUCAAAGUUCUCCACCCCUUAGUGGGACAUCUCCUUCCUACAAAUACACAUUACCAGGAGCACAAGAUGCUAAGGAUGAUUUCCCACUCCGGAAAACUGCCUCAGAGCCCAACUUGAAAGUUCGGUCCAGGUUAAAGCAAAAGGUAACAGAAAGAAGAAGCAGUCCUUUACUCAGAAGGAAGGAUGGAACAGUUGUCUGCUCAUUCAAGAAAAGACUGUUUGAGGUGACAGAAUCAUCCGUCAGUAGCAGUUCCCCAGGAUCAGGUCCCAGUUCACCAAGCAAUGGUCCUACUGGAAAUGCAGAGAAUGAAGCUUCCAUAAUGCCAUCCAAUUCCCAAGCUGAGCAUUUAGCUUCACAACAACACAUUCUCAUGAAUGAAGAAUCCAUGAACCUUUUGAGUCUCUACACAUCCCCGUCAUUGCCCAACAUAACUUUGGGACUUCCAGCAGUGCAAACACAGCUCAGUGUGUCAUCACCGUACAAAGAAAAACAAAAGUGUGAGGCCCAGCCAAUCAGACAAGGAGUGGUGCUGCCUGGACAGUACAGGGGAAACAUUUCGUCACCUUCGGCUCCUCAGCCCAUUGUCUUAGAGGGAAAGCCAAACAGCAGCCACCAGGCUCUUCUCCAGCACUUAUUACUGAAGGAACAAAUGAGGCAGCAGAAACUCCUGACUACAGGUGCAGUGCCUCUCCAUCCACAGUCACCACUGGCAACCAAGGAAAGGGUCUCGCCCAGCCUAAGAGUUGCACCUAAGUUACCUCGACACAGGCCACUAAAUCGAACCCAGUCAGCACCGCUGCCUCAGAGCACCUUGGCUCAGCUCGUAAUUCAACAACAGCAUCAGCAGUUUCUGGAGAAGCAGAAACAGUAUCAGCAGCAGAUCCACAUGAACAAAAUGCUUUCUAAAUCUAUUGAACAGCUAAAGCAACCUGGAGGUCUGGAAGAAGCUGAAGAAGAACUUCAUGGAGAUCAUUCAAUGCAGGAAGAGAGGGCUCCCUCUGUUGGUAGCAGCAUUAGAGAUGACAGCAGUAGUGUUCCUUUGGACAGCGGACUGGGGCAGCCAUUGGGGGCUGUGAAGGUGAAAGAGGAACCACAAGACAAUGAUGAUGAUAUUCAGACUCAGCACAUGGAAUCUGGGGAGAAAGCUGCUUUUGUGCAACAGGUAAUAGGCAAAGAUUUAGCUCCAGGCUUUGUAAUUAAAGUGAUUAUCUGAGUACUAUUCUAAUAAGCAUUUUUAAAUCCUUGAUAAACAAUUUUUAUUUCCAUCUGCAGAGUUCAGUGGAAUUGCGUGAUUUUAGCAUUCAGCAAAUCUAACAACAGCAGAUGUGUUCACACCUUAAGCAUAGUGAGAAAGUGCUUGUUAAAUUGAGGAACCCUCGUUGCUGUGUAAGCCUUUGGGUUAUUAAUAGAAUUCGUAUUAGCACUAAUGAAUUCUGCCACACUAGUUCUAGUGAGAUGGAACUCAAUGUUAUAUCAACUUUUUGUGGAGAUCAGCUAUUGUGGAUCAGACCUAAGAAUUGCUCUCACUCUCUCCAUUUCUAAACUUUUGACAUCUUUCUAUGUACACUCCCAUCCAUUUGUAUAUAAUAUACUAUACUGUAGUCCUACACACUGUUAUGAAGAAGGGGAUUCACCCCCAAUCUUGUUAGACAGGUACUGUCAGUGCCCCAAAUAUCAGUGGUCAGAAAGUUGAAUAUUGAAUAUAGCUUGAAGGAAAUAAGGUGGAGGGUAGAUGAAAUUAGACUUGGAGUGCACUUUUUUAAAAUGUUGUUGAUUUUCGUCCCUUCUGUAUUCAUUAAUUAUUUGCCCCAUCUUCUUUCAUCACUAUCAGUAUCAAUUUCAUUAAAGCGUAUUGGUGCAACAUUGUACGCCAGCCACAUGCAUGAUAUAGCUAUAGUUGUAUUGGGAUGGUGGCGGCAAGAAACCAAAUUAAAAACAUGGGUUUGGUCUUUUCUCAUCAGUUUAUUUGUUCAAUAAAAACUCAAUGACACAAUAGCACACCAUCUAGUACACAGAUUUACAUGGUUGUGCUAAUAACAGUGACGGAGACACAUUUAUGAAUGUUUCUAGCAUCUGUAUUGGGGCCAAGAUUUUCCAGUAUGCCCCUCUUUUAUUUGAAAGGGCAACAAGCCAUUCAUUCCAGAGUACCUGCAUCAGAGCCACUGAGACUAUUUUGGAAUAUUGGUAGCCUUGGUAUACUUGGCUUAUCCAGAAUCUGGCUGCUGAAAUGUGGAUCACAUGAUGGUACAGAAUGGCCAAUGCAACUGCUCUGUGUGCUGAGGACAGGAGAAUGUUUAGGCCUGAUUUCUCUGGGGAGGUUGCCCAAGACUGAAAAAUGGAGACCAGGUUGGCAAAUAAUUUUCAAUAAGAUUUAAAUAUUUAAUAGCACAUGCAUGGAGUUGUAUGUAGCUGUGCCUCCAGAAGGAUCAUAUUUCCUUCAAAUACCCUAAAAUCAGAACAGAUGGGUAUGCAGUAGAAGCUGCCGUUUACUUAAGUCAUUGCUGUGUCAGGUCCCUGCUGUUCUCCUGAAGAAAAGUAAUUGUGUGAAGGUGGACAGGAAAUGCCUUAUGGAAACAGGAAGUCCAAGUGAUUCAUGCACAUGGAAUGUAAAAGGGGGGCAAAGGGAAAAAGAGGAUAGUGUUUUAUUCUCUGUUUUCUGAAGGCUACUCUGUGAAUUGAUUUAUUGUCAGAGAAAAUAACAAAGCAAGGAGAGAAAUUGUUAAGGAAGCUUUCCACUGAAACAUUUCCUUUAUAUUCCCUUUUGAUAUGUUUACUUUCUUGUAGAGGUUUACUUUUGUUAAGCAAAAGAUUAAUUGUACUAAGACCCUUUUAAUAUGGCUAAUCCAAAACUGACCUGAAAUCCUUGUAAUUUUUUUCUUUUUUCCUAUCACAAUAUUUAUAUUUCUAAGGUAUUUUAAGGUGCAGUAUCCUUUUCAAAAGGGAGAGCUGUUUUGCCAAAUGGAAAAGUUCUAAUAUAAGCAUGUGGUGUUUACAUUUUUAUCUUAUUCUCUAGAAUCCCUUAUAAAAUGUUGAAGUUUCUGAAGAUACAUUAUCCUUCCUCUUGAAAAACUACUUGGAAAAAAAAACAGUUGCUUGUACCAGCAAAUCAAGUUUGCUCCAUACUUGACCAGUUCCCUACAUAUAUAUCCCUUCAUUGUAGAAUGACUUGCAUACACUUCAUCUGUAUACAUGUGAUAAAAACUCUGGCCCAUUGCACUUUUCCAUCAUGUACACCAGGAUGGGCAAGUUGUGGCCUCCAGAUGCUUUAGUCUUUAACUCCUAUCAGUGUGACCACUGACAAGGACUGAUAGAAGUUGUAGACUAAAACAACCGGAGGGCCUUAAGUUGCCCAUCCCUCAUGUAUAGACCCAUCACAUAUACACAAAAUAAACACAUGUCUAUUCAUGUGUGAUGAUGUCCAUGUUUCUUUCUUGCACAGAGAAAGAAAUUGUGAUAUGUGAAGCAUUCAAAAUGUCUAGUGUAUCAGAAUGGCUUGACACUGUUCACCCGCAUUUGGGGAAAUGGGGAAAAGUUCUCAGCAUUUUCCCUCAGCUGGUAUUUCACCUGGGUUCUUAACAGUCUGCACCACUGGUUUUCCACAAUUCCUGUGAGUCUAGAGAACAGUGCUGACAUUUCAUAGUUCUAGGUCAUGCUCUGUUGACAAACCAGAAGCAGAAAGCCAGCAUUCAAACACACUCCAAAGUACCGAUACUUAGGAACAGAAUGCAGUGUUUAACAGAGGCCACCUAAAAUAUUCAGCUUUAUUAGAUGUGUAAAAGCUGACUGUGAGGUUUUAGAGCUUUAAUGCCACUGUUGAGGUUAUUGUUGCUUGAAGAAAAGUAGAGGAACUGAUAUUUAGAGCCAUAAAGCAGAUAUAGCAGGGAAGUAGGCUUACAUCUUGCAUAUCCCUACUGCCCCGUAUAUUCUAAUUUUAGCACACUCAAAAAGGGAUAGUGCAUCUUUUUAAAAUGCAUUUUAUUUGGGCAGGAAUCUGAAUACAAAUGAACUUUUGUACAUUAAUGUUUCAAAAACAUGUGUAACUAUAAAGAUAUUUUUGUAACACAGUUGAGCAGAGUUACCCCAGUAUAGUAGACUUUCAGGCCACUCAAAUCUUUAAGAGAAAAGUUACCUGGAACCAGUGAAAAAGAAAAACUGGGUUUAAGCAACCAUAUUUCUAAUUGCUGUCACAUUUUAAAUCUACUGUAUUUAUUAUAAUUUACACUUUUGGUGAUCUCUUGUUUUGUGUUGUAAAUAUAUUCUGUUUGUAUGUUCCCUAUUUUGCCUCCUGAUACAAGUCUAUAUAU